CUUGAGUUUGACUCCCAACUGUUUUAUUCCACCGGAUGCAAUCCUCUCACCUCGACGAUCACGACGACAAAGGAGGCGCAGCGAUUUUGGUGACCUUCCGCGCCUGGCCUUCAUCACCACAUCACCAAAACCUCGAGGAGUUGUGACUUCUUUCUACGACUAGUCUGCCUUGCAAGUCACAUUCACGUGCGGUGAUCGCGAGUCGAUCUCGCCGUCUCUCAAUUCAUCUAUAGCAUCCGGUCUCUCCCUUCGACUCCUCGGACACGACCGGCGCUCCCACGUUGGAGCGAAUCUCAAGUCCAACGAGCUGCGCUCGUCGCCUUGUCAUCUUCAGCGUCGUCAAAGGCAAUCUCGACGGACGCGGCAACCGCCCCAAACAUGUCAGAUUCAGCGCAGACCGAAGGCGGUGGAGGAGGAGGCGGCAAUGUGAUAGCUGACAGACUGUCUGCCGCACUGAAUGACAGCGCCAAGCUGGAUGGAGGGAGAGUUGCGAUCGCUGCUGGCGCUUUUAUCGGACUAGCUGCCAUCACGCUACUUGGAUUCGAACUGGUUCGUGGCAACAACAAGAUGGUCUACGAGCCCAAGCGCAAGUACGCCGAAGCAGGCGCACCUCCUCUGAAACCAGUCAGGUACAGACCGCUUGGCUGGCUGACGAAGUACAGCGAAGAGGAGCUCUUGCCCUUGGUCGGUCUUGACGCGAUAACCUUCCUGCGCUUCACGAGAAUGAUGCGCUGGCUCACCACCUGCCUAGCGAUUCUGUUGUGCGCGGUGCUGAUUCCCGUGGAUCUGGUGUCCAGCGCUAACGGGAUACCGACCAGUGGUGGUAAUGAUCAAGACCCUGGUCUACUUCGAAGGUUUACGAUUCAAGCAGUGAGCGGUGGUGCGAUUUGGGCCCACGUCAUCAUGAGCUACGUGGCAACUGGAGUCAUCAUUUUCUUUCUCAUCAUCAAUUAUCGAAAGAUGGUGCAGCUCCGGUGGGCUUGGUUCCGAAGUCCAGAGUACCAGGACCAAUUCUACGCUCGUACCUUGAUGAUGACGAAUGUGCCCAAGCAGCUGCAAUCGGACGCAGCGCUCAGCGGUUUGCUGUCGACCAUAGGCAUGCCGUAUCCCACUACAGAGGUGCACAUCGGACGCGUGGUGGGUGCUCUACCUGACCUCAUCGAGAAGCACGAAGAGACUGUGCGCAAUCUGGAGCGCGUACUCGCUCGCUACUUGCGCGACCCCAACAAAGUACCCGCGAAGAGGCCCACAGUCAAGGUUGGCGGCAUCUUUGGACGCACAGUCGAUGCCAUUGACCACUACACAGAGCAGAUCCAGAAGUACGAGGCUGCGAUCAAUCAAUGGAGAGAACGUAUAGCCGAGAAGAAACCCGAAUCCUUUGGUUUCGCGUCACUUGCAUCGGUCCCUUAUGCGCACGCGGCGGCUCGCUCUCUGCGUGGUAAGAAGACGCAAGGGGUACGGAUUACGCUCGCGCCGGCACCAAAAGAUGUCAUAUGGCACAACCUCACACUGUCCAACGCCGCUAGGCGACGGUCAAGCGUUAUCGGCUUCCUGUGGCUCGUCUUGCUCUGCUUCGUCAACGCAGUUCCAUUGCUUGCCGUUGCUCUCAUCUCGCAGAUGGCCACCUUUCGCGACAUCCACUUCCUCGGCGCCUGGUACGCGGAGAGUGCGGCAACAUUCCAAGGAGUUGCCGCUCUCGUGCCGCCAGCCAUUUCUGGCUUGUUUGGCUACUUCUUGCCUAUUCUGAUGCGUCGCAUCGCCAAGUACAGAGGAACUACGACUCGCACCCGCCUCGACAGAAUUAUCACCAGCCAGUACUUUGCUUUCCUGGUCAUAUCGCAAUUCCUGAUCUUCACCCUGGUCGGGGUUGCGAUUUCUGUCAUCGUGGGCCUCAUCAACAGGGUCGGACAGCACGAGUCUUUCGGCCAAAUUUUCAAUUUUCUCCGAGGUAACGUCGCAAAUCAAAUCCUCGUUCAGUACAUCAGCUUCAGCAAUUAUUGGAUGACAUUUCUGCCGCUGCGUCUCUGGGUCGCCCUCUUCGACCUUGCGCAGGGAGUUCGCCUCGUUUUUGUUUGGUUCCAAAAGCACUUCCUCGGACGCACACCUCGCGACUUCCGCGACUUUUCAAAGCCGCCCGUCGCAGAGUACGCCAUACUCUAUGCCAACCUGCUUUUCGUCUUUGCAGUUGCCAUGCUCUAUGCGUGUGUGGCUCCAUUGGUGGUCGCAUUCGCCGCUUGCGUUUUCUGGACUGCUAGCAUAGUCUUCAAGUAUCAGCUCAUCUACGUCUAUCGCACCAAGUCGGAAAGCGGCGGACGGCUCUGGAGAGUGAUUGUCAACCGCAUCCUCGCGUGCAUCGUCUUCAUGCAGCUCAUUCUAGCUCUAGCCCUCUUGCUGAGGGGCAACAGUCGUCUCCAGGCGAUUGCUGCCCUUCCACCCGUCUUGGCUGUGGUCGGUUUCAAGAUCUAUUGCGCCAAGACAUUCGACCAGCGCUUCGACUGGUACAUUCCGAAUGCGCAAGAGCUAGCGACUUGCAAAGUUCACGGUGGAGAUCAACGUCACAACCGAUUGCAGCGGCGCUUCGGCCAUCCGGCUUUGCAUCAGCAGCUCUUCACGCCCAUGGUGCAUGCCCGCGUCAAGCACUUGCUGCCACAGAUCUACCGCGGCCGCAUGGAAGCGAGCACAAUCUCCAACAUCGAUGGUCGCAAGACAGAGGUCGAAGAGAUGGAAGGCGGCCUGCGGAUCGCCGCAAUCGAGGAGCAAGAUCUCGAGUACGACCCGCACACGGAUUCCGAUGUCCGCUCAGUCAUGUCCGGUACCACCUUCGCAGGAGUCGGAACCCCCACUGGAUACGGACCCCCGAGUCGUGCCGGAACUGCACCAGACUUCGAAAACCAAUAUGCCAACUAUCUCGCCGGCGUCGAUGCACCCAGCCUUCCUCCUGCUGGUGACCAAGACUACGAGAUGGGUAAUAUUGGAGGCCUGGCAAUGCAUGGAAGCCGAGACAACCUUCUGGAGAAAACUCAUCCAGGCUCAUUGUACAGCGAUCACACCUUGAUGGGAAGCGGCGGCCAUGGCAAGAAAGGUUCACAGGGUCAGUACUCGUACUACACCUCAUCACCUGGCCCCACGCCCGGAUUGGAUCAGGUGCCGCAGACCAACUAUACUCCCGGCGGCGGGCGAGGUCACCAGGCGACCAGCAGUGCAGGCGGCGGAUACUUCCCUAGAGUGGACGCGAGCGGAGAUUCUCGCUACCAGCAAUACUACAACAACGGACCUCAACAAGGCCAACAGGAGCUUCGUCAUCAGGCCUCGCAUGGAACCUUCGCUCCAGGAUCUUAUUACACCGCGUCACCUCAAGGCUCUCCACGGGCUCAGCCGCAACGAAUGUACGGCGGACCGCAGGGUAGGGCUUCUCCUGGCCCAGGAACACCGGGAGCGGCCGCUGCCGCAUAUGGGGGCCAAGCACCGUCGCAAUAUAGCUAUGGUCAAGGGCCACGGCAGCCUUCCGGCGGGUAUGGAGGCUACCAAGCGCCGGGUGGCAACUCGGGUGGCGGGUAUAAUAAUGGCGGUCGGGGCGGCGGUCAAUAUCCUCACUCACGCCAAGGCACAGGAGGUUACUAGACAAUGUCAAGCAAUGCUCAACGCUUGGCCAAAGCAUUCGCGAGCGACAUGGUCAUGUCAUCUCUGUGCCCUUUCUUCGCCAGCUCCUUUUGCUUGCCGCGGCACGUCUGGUCAGACGCUUUUUCGACAGGGCGCAACGGUCAUCACUCUACUUGUCUGCUCGCAAUCUUGCUGUUCCGCAUUAUCCCUCGAAUCCACCCUCCACGGACACUUCUUUGUGUGCAGACUCACGCGACGAGUAGUCAUCUCAUCCGCCGCGCGGUACGUCGAAUCAGUCUUGCACUCUCUCACACUCCCCCUAACUCCAUUCCACGCCUCUUCCCCAUCGUCAUCACUAUCACAACCCUUUCUGAAGCCCCUUUAUGCCGCCCAAUCUCGCCCGUCUCUCACAUACAAUGUAAGCUCGCUAUGGCACUCGCACGCACUCGAAAUAAAUUGCGACUCUUAUUG